AGCUUCCCAAAUUUGUCCCUACAUAUGUUUAAUCUCCCUUUAUAUAAAUCCCCAAACCCAUCACCAUUGUUUUGAAAGAAAUUGAUCAUAGAGAGAAACUGAAAAUUUAAUCUCCAAAAUUAAAAGAUGAUGAUGAAGCUUAGGUCAAAGAAAUUCUGCCGAAGCUCCACUUUCAAAUUUGGCUUUGUCACCAGCUGUAAUAACAAGAUCAAAGUCGCCGAUGACCACCACAAGGACUCCGCCGCUGCCGCCGCCACCUUGACGGAAAUUAAGUGGGAGCUCCGCCCAGGUGGUAUGCUUGUGCAGAGGAGAGAAAUCGCCGGCCAAUCUACUUUGGCCGGAGAAGAUGAAACAAUCACUAUUAGAGUUUCAACUGUCUCUCAAUUUCAUGACAUUUCUGUUCAACCCACCUCUACUUUUGGGGAAUUGAAGAUGAUUCUAUCAAUGGUGACUGGUUUAGAAGCAAAAGAACAAAGAUUAUUAUUCAAAGGGAAAGAGAGAGAUGAUUGUGAAUAUUUACACAUGGUGGGGGUUGGACACAAACACAAAGUUCUUCUACUUCAAGAUCCAGCUAUCAAAGAAAGGAAGCUUCAUGCUUUAGCAACAACCCAACCAAUUAGUGUAUAAUAUUAAUUAUUAUUAUUAAAAUCUCAUCAUAAUUAAUUAAUAUUACUACUAAUUAAUCCCAAAAAAAGACAAACACAUGGUUUAUAUUUUUAGAUACCCACUAACCCUAAGAGGAAAAACAAUUAUGUGCCAAAAUUAUUGCCUGUCCUUUAAUUGAAGGCCUUAAUUUGUUGUUUUGUUAGAAUUUUGGUGGUUUAAAUAUAUAAUAUAUAUAAUGUAUAAUGUAUUUGUAAGACCGUUUGAGCAAAUUUUGAGGGCAUCCAUUAUAUAUAUGGAUUCUUAUGUGUAAUAUGAUGAUGAUGCUUGUCUGAGUCA